AGUAUGAGCAGAAUCUUUGAUCUCAUGUUUCAUCAUCACCGUCUCAGACCUCUCCUCUAUCCCCAAACCCCAAUAUGUCACCUUCUUCAAACAAUCCACCACUCUUUCAAUUCCUUCUCCACCGCCACCCCAGAUUUAUCUCAACAACCCUUCACAGUCUCCUACCUCACCAACAAUCUCGGUUUAUCUCCACAAGACGCUCUCAAAGCAUCCAAACGCAUCAAUUUCACCACCCCCGAAAAACCCGAUUCCGUCAUCACCUUCUUCAAAACUCACGGUUUCUCCAUUCCCCAAAUCCAAUCCAUCAUCCUCAAAGCCCCUGCACUCUUAUCAUCCAACCCCAAAACCAUUCUCCCAAAGUUUCAAUUUUUGGCUUCCAAAGGCGCUUCCCCCUCCGACAUAGCCGCCACCGUCACCAGAAGCCCCCAUUUCCUCAAGUCAAGCCUCAAACGCAUUAUCCGUUCUUUUGAAUUGGUAAGAAGUUUCUGUCCCUCUGAUCAAAAAGCUAUUACUUCAAUCAUAUUCUGUCCCUCUUCCAUUUCUGAUAUCCGCAUGAAACCAAAUCUUCAAUUUUUACUCGAUUCCGGUGUCACUCCUUCCAGCAUUUACCGUUUACUUAGUUCUAGACCUUCUGUAAUUUGUUCUACCGAUUUGAGAAAGGCUGUGGAGGAGAUUAAGGGAUUAGGGUUUCACCCUUCCAAAUACAAUUUCUGUUUGGCAUUACUAGCCAAAAGGGCUGUCACUAAAUCACAAUGGGAUGCCAAAAUUGAUGCAUUCAAGUGUUGGGGUUUCUCUGAAGAUGCAAUUUUUGAUGCAUUUAAAAGGAACCCUAAGAUUAUGCUACUGUCUCCAGAUAAACUCAACGCGGUCAUGAGUUUUUGGAUCAAACAGCUUGGUUGGGAUCCUUCACUGCUUCUGCGAGCACCGGAUCUUUUCGGAUUUAGUAUAAAGAAAAGGUUUAUUCCGAGGGCUUCCGUUGUUACGUAUCUACUUUCCAAUGGUUUGAUGAAGAAGGGUGCUAGCAUAAUUACGCCAUUUUAUCUGUCUGAUGAGUUGUUCCUGCAAAGGUAUGUGAAAUGUUUUGAGGAUGAAGCGUCUAAGCUAUUAAAGCUGUAUCAAGGGUAGGAUGCUAGCAUCUGGUGCUUGGAUAAGUUGUUAAAACACAUUUUGUUGCAACUGAAUAAACCAACCAUAUAGUGCUAUUCAUCUUGUUAUACUUGCUCAGUAAGUUGGAACCCUUUUUUUUGUUGGUCACAGUUUUGACUUAUAUCCCCAAUUUUGUUUUAAAUUUGUAAGUAAUUGACACAAUAGAAUAAUUAGUGUUGUGGUUGGAGAAUACGAUUGAUGAUAUAUGGAUUUAUGGGAUUUUAGAACAAUGCUUGAAUUUCUAACAAAAGAAUGACUGUGGAAUUGUAGAGAAAAAUAGUAGACAUAUUUGUUGAAUGCGAGUAAGCAAACAUUGCCUUCUAUUUUUAUUUUUAUGAUAUCAGAUAGUAGAAGAAUUUAAGUGUUUGAUUCAGGUUUUUCUUUAGAAUCUAACUCAAGUUUGGAUGACCAUUUAGCAAACUGGCGUGGGUUGAAUUUGUCAUAAUAUCAAUGGACUCUUGAUGAUUAUAACGAGAGCAGGGGAAUGCCGAGUAGUUAGUUGCAUACUAAUUUACACCAGAUUAGUGCCUGUUGAUAUGCUAUUUGAGCUGAUAUUCUUCUUCUACUUAGUUGUCUUUGAUUUGAAUGGAUACCGCUGAUAAGCAGCACUUUUGUCUAAUGGAAAAUCAUACAAGCUAUUUGGUAUCUAUUACUACAUAGAAUAUCUAUAUUGGAACUAGCAACUCUUUUCCUUUAGUUCUAGAAGACUAAUAAACUUUUGAGUAGAAGUGAUAUGCCGCUGUCCUAUAUGAACAUUUAAUUUUGUGCAAUGGUUUUAACAAUAUGUUAGAGGAAGUCCCUAUUUCACUAUUUGAUUGUUUCUAUGACAUUUCUGCUAUUCAUGUAAUUCUUUCCUUCUCUUCAAAUAAUAACUUUAUCAAGUUUACCUUUCAUCUUACCAAUGAUCAAAUAAGGCUCUUAUAUGCAUCCUCGCCUGUCAAGAUGAGUCGAGGACUUUCUGAGAUUAGUUCUGAACCAUUUUCUGGCAUAAUUCAAAUAGGUUUGUUGCCAGAUUCUGAUUAAAAAAACGAGGAUGUUCUUGACAGGCUCAGAUCUUGUUUAUUUAGUAUUUAGACUAUGUACAAUGGGGGUGUUGAAAAUUUUUUUCAACUGUUGAAUUCAUGCAAUGGUAUGUUUAAUAGCUUGUUUAAUAUGAUGUGGAUUACUUUGUGUUGAAAGAAUUCAACAUGUUGAAUGAAUGAGAGUGGGGGCCACAUACAAUAUUUUGCAAAAUCCUAUUGGUUGUUGUGACUAUUUGAAUUUUUAGUGUGUUGUGAAUGGUGGUAAAGUAGGGUGUUGAAUUUUAUUAAACAAAACUAUUGUAGUGAGUAAAAGUUGAAUGUGUGUUGAAUUAUUAGGUGGAAGAGAGAGAAGAUGAUGUGGAGUAUAAAAAGUGAAAAAGUAGGGUGUUGAAUUUGGAAACCAUUGUAAAUAGUCUUAGUAAAAGUUUAAGAAAAGGUUCAGGUGAUUUAAUGAUGUCAGCACAUCCUCUUCAUCUUAAGUUUUUUUCUAAGAAAGGACCUGAUGUUAGUAAUUUGAGUGAUUUUAAGUAUAUCAGCAUUCUCAAAGAGCUUGUUGGUGUUUGUGAUUCAUGGCUUUUGAUAACUGAUACUGUUUCUAUAACGUUGCAUUCUAUUUCUAACAAUGGUGUAAAAUAAGACUAAUAACUUCAGAUCAGAUUCCAGAGUUUUCUAAAAUUUCUUAAGAGGUAAUUUUAUGCAUUGGUUUUAACAAUAUGCGGCCUUGCUUUGAAAUGGUGAUUAAUAAAUCGAACUUAGGAACUUAACUCAAUUUAAUUAGUUAUUUCCUUUAUUUUUCAUUUGAUAUCAUCAUUUUCAACAACAUGCAUACAUAUGCAAAAUUGUCUUUUACACUUUUUUUUUUUUUUUUAAUAUAUGUCCUACCAGUCAGAUAGACUAAUUUACAUAGAGGGUUUUCGGUUCACCCCGCGUAAUACAUAAGAGGGUUUUCACCCCCACGUAGUCCAUGAAGCUUUCAACACUUUUCUUUUUCUUCCCUUCAUAUUAACACUAUUUAAACUCAAAUUAAUUACACCUUUUAAAUAUUGGUAUG